UUUCAUUUUUAUGAGAACGCUGAUGCUCAAGGCUUAGAUUUCUGUGUGUUAGCAAACACUGGAAUGAGUUAGCUACUCCUGUGAACCUAGUUGUAUGAUGGAAUACAAAGGAAUCAAAGAUCUGAUUUUUCAUCUCAAAGUGCUUUAUAGUCUGGAUAGGAUGACCAAACUUGCCUGUAAAGAAGUAGGUGAGGUCAAUUACAAACUAAAGGUAUAACAUGAAGACUAUUGCAAAGUGAUUGAAGAUGGUUGUGGUGAUAGGUUCUGAGCUUAUUUGAUUCCCUGCAAAGUACUCAUGCCAGUGUGUUCUCAUUUAUUGUUUCUCUUCCUUCCCUCCUAGGAUUUUCUGAUGUACCCUGAGGUCCAUGUAACUGCAAGGUCUCCUCUUUAUCACCUUAAGUGCCGCUCUGACCCAAAACCACUCAGAGCUCAAGAAUCAAGGCAAAAUGGAUGCUGCAAUGACAGAUGAUUUCCAACAAGUUCUGCCUAUUGAACAGCUGCGCUCUACUCAUGCUAGCAAUGAUUAUGUGGAGCGGCCUCCGGCGCCCUGUAAGCAGACCCUCUCCAGCCCUUCCCUUAUUGUGCAAACCCACAAAUCUGAUUGGUCCCUGGCUACCAUGCCUACUGCUCUCCCCCGCAGUCUCAGCCAUUGCCAUCAAUUGCAGCCCUUGCCUCAGCAUCUGAGCCAAUCUAGCAUUGCCAGCUCGAUGUCCCAUAGCACCACUGCCUCUGAUCAAAGGCUCUUGGUCAGCAUUACACCCUCACCUUCAGGCCAGUCCAUCAUCCGAACCCAGCCUGGAGCAGGAGCCCACCCAAAGGUUGAUGGUGCUCUGAAGGGAGAAGCUGAGCAAUCUGCAGUGCACCCCAGCGAGCACCUCUUCAUCUGUGAGGAGUGUGGGCGCUGCAAGUGUGUCCCUUGCACUGCAGCUCGCCCUCUACCCUCCUGCUGGCUUUGCAACCAGCGUUGCCUUUGCUCUGCUGAGAGCCUCCUUGAUUAUGGCACUUGUCUCUGCUGUGUCAAGGGCCUCUUCUACCACUGCUCCACUGAUGAUGAAGACAACUGCGCCGAUGAGCCCUGCUCCUGUGGGCCUAGCUCUUGCUUCAUCCGCUGGGCAGCCAUGAGCCUCAUCUCCCUCUUCCUACCCUGCCUGUGCUGCUACCUGCCUACCCGUGGAUGCCUCCAUCUGUGCCAGCAGGGCUGUGAUAGCCUCAGGCGACCAGGCUGCCGCUGUAAGAGGCACACUAAUACCGUGUGCAGAAAAAUCUCUUCUGGUGGUAGUGCACCCUUUCCCAAGGCCCAGGAAAAGUCUGUAUGACCUUCCUACAAGCUGGAUCCAGAGCUGUCUCCUUUAACCCCCAUCAGUAAAGGAUAGGCCUCACUUUUGAAGAGGGGGAGGAGUAAUCAACUAGCCAAAGUUAGGGCCUCACCUCUUUUGUUCCUCCAAUGUCAGGGGAAUGGCCAAGAACAUCCUGUUUAGGAUGCCUUGUUCUUUCUCACAGUAUCUAUCCCACUCCUCUUCAACCUUUUUACACCCAGCCAGCUCAGCCCUCAUGGCUGUCAUGGCAAAUUCAGGUGAUAUAUAGGUGUGAGGUUUGGACACUGAGGACCCACAGAGCCAGCAAUGUGGAGGUUUAGGGGCUCCCCAAUGAAAUGCCUCUCGGUGCGGGCUCUGAGCAUCACUGCUUUCCACAGUGCCUUUGGGAGCUUUCUUCUAAGAUGGUUUUCACAGGUCAAUGUGGAACAGCGUUCGGUCUCCCAGGGAAUCUGACCCCUUCUCCCUCCUUACUGCCCUUCAUUCUUUCUCUCUGUCUUUCUCCCUCGCUCUUCUUUUCAUUACCCUAUUCUAUAUUCCUUCCCCUUCAUUCCCACCCUCUCUACUUUUACUCUUCCUCCUUUUUUCUCUCCCUCCCUUCCCUCUUUUUCAGACUAGUCCUUGCUCCACCUCUAUUUCUAAUUGUUUGAUCUGUCUUUGUUUCUCUAUGCCUGCCCUUCUUUCUCUAACACUUCCAAAAGUGCUGUUUUUCCAUAGGUGUUUCUUUUGACUCCACACUUUGCUAUGCUAUACUAUCGACUAAUUUUUAUUAAGGGAAAUGGAUUACUGUAAUGAACUGAUCACUAGCAAUAGUCUAUACCCUGAUAUGUGUGUGCACUCACAACCACACUUACCAGUUUGUGAUCAUAUGAGGCAAAAUUAUCUAACAUUUCCAGGUUAAUUAGUUGAAGUUUUACUCCCAUUCCCAAUAACGACUUGUAGUACUGACAGAUUCCACUAGCAUGCUGAGUAGGAUAGUAAAUCAGGAUGCUCAUAACUUCGUAUGUCUGACCCAAGUGCCAAAGGCAGACGUGCUUUAUAGCUAAAUGAACAAAGCAAAGGAUAUUAGGGAAGUCUGUUCUGUCUUAGAAGCUAACUGCCCUGAGACUGCAUGGCUCAGGCCUUAAUAAUGGACAUAAAAAAGUCAUAAAACUUUAGAGCUGGAAAGAAUCUUGACUAUUAAUCUAGUUUAAUGCCCUUAUUUUACAGAUGGGAAAACUGAGGUCUGGAGAUAGGAAGGGACUUGCCCAAGGCCACACACUGAGUUAAUAACAGGGUUGGGACUGGAUAUAGCAUUCUCACCCCUAAUUCAAUGUUUUCUCCCCUACACCACAUUGAGUCAUGGGACUUUUCUCCUAAGACUCUAUUAACAAUGACAGAAAGCCAUUCCUAUCCCAUUAAUUUUCAGGAACCAUGCAGAGUGAGUGUGGUGGUCUUUAUGCAGUGCAUGGUCGGUAGCUAAUUAACUAUUAGGUGUCAAGGCUGUCCCCAUUGGACAUUGGCUCUGUCACCUUAUAGAAGCUCAAGUGUGGAAGAGAAAAGCUGAAAGAAGCCCUAAGCAAGCUGUAUCUUCACCAUUGCAUCUACUCUUUACUGCACAUACUGUGCUCACUCCUGGCUUUGUCUACAAUGGCAGUUGCCUGAGAACCUAAAUUUCAGCAACAGUGAAAAACUCAGAUGAAAGAUGUAUAAUGCAGAGAACUAACUUAUCUUUUAAAAAAUAACAGACAGCCUGUGCUGUGAACCCCCUUCAAUGGGAAAAGGCUGCAAUGGUGAUGACAGGCUCCUAAAGACUGCUGCUAAAAGACAUAAUGUACAGUUUCCCUCUGUAAGUGAAUCUAAAAUUCACUAAGGAAUUCAGAGAUUGAGGGCACUUGCUUGAAAUCAAGGUGCUCCAACUUAGUUUAAGACUUCCAGACUCUAUAUAUCAUCUCUUUUAAAGUGUGCAUGGAUGUGUGUUGCAGGGUGGAGAGGUGGGGAGGAGAAGUUAUAGUCGUACACAGGGGCAAGAAGAAGGGGACAUCCACGUCUUUUUGUUGGAUACAUACAUUGGGAGAUAACAAAAGAGAACUACAGAAAUAUUUGCCACUCAGUCUUUAUGGGUUCUGAAUCUUCCUGAAGUGUACUGACAUUUGGGCUGCACACAGCCCCAUACCUUCACUUACACCUCCUCUUCUAGAAUUGCUUUGCUCUAUUUUUGUAUAUAUAAAUAUGUUAUGAUGAUUAUUAAUAAUGGUAAUGAUAUUGCUGCAAAUGGUGCCAUAUAUAAGGUUUGGCUUCUUGGAACAUUUAUAAAC